CGUGUUGCUUGAUUCCAACAAUGAAGCUUGUUUUCCUUUGCUGCAAACCAAAGAGCAAGGCGACGUACCCAUCUGUCGUGGCCGUCGGGAUUCGCAGAAGGAGAAUACUGCGCCGAUCUAGAAAUCGCACAGAAACCACAGAGGGCAUCACAUGUUCUGCACAUGUGCUUCUUCGCUCGGAACUUUUGAAAGAACAGAUGAAACCAUUUGCUCCGGAUACAGAAACCACGGGCGAGUAAGAGUAGCGGAAGAGUUGUCGAGACGCUACACAAGACCCGCCAUGACCUGUGCGGGUUCAGGUUGUC